AUGGGGGAUGGGGAUAUGGGGGCAACAGACAAUGAUAUGCAGACUUAUUCAGAGGAGGUCACCAACAUUGCAAAGAGUGCAGUAAUGGCAGCUGCAGUAGGGAUGAUGCACAGCAGGUUACCAGCUGCAAGAGCUGCCAGAAAACGGUUUAUCCAGCAGAGCCAGGCAGAGGUGUUCCGGCACCGUGUAGAGGCUCUGAGGUCGGCACACAACGCUGCAAUCCGAGGGUUCAUACGCUACGGCUGGCAUUGGAGUUGGAGGGUGGCUGCUUUUGUCACAUUGUUCAAUACUGUGAGCACUGGCCUGUGUGUGUACAGAGAUAAAUCCAUUAUAGGGGGAUUGUUUAGAGUAAACCUGUGGUUAGGUGGCCUGUUAGCUGGCACAGCUAUCAGAGCAGUACUAGGUCUUCCAGCUGGAGUGCUGAUGAUGGCAGUGCAGAAGGCUGUUGGCGUAACCCUUCGAGAGAGAAAGAGGAGGGAGCAGAGAGAGAUGUAUGAGCUGAAGCUUGCUGAAUGGAGUUCCUGGCUUCAUGUAACAGAAGGACUCGUUGGUGAAAUGGACAGUAAAAUAGAGGAGAAUUCACCAAAAUCAGACCUGGAAAAAAUUGAGGAACUUUUAAACUUUCUAAGAAAUCAAGAACAACCUGGGGACUCUGGCAAGAAAUUAAACCAGUUACAUCAGAAACGAAGCCUGUUCCAUCAGAAACGAAGCCUGUUCCAUCAGAAACGAAGCCGGUUCCAUCAGAAACGAAGCCGGUUCCAUCAGAAACGAAGCCGGUUCCAUCAGAAACGAAGCCUGUUCCAUCAGAAACGAAGCCGGUUCCCUCAGAAACGAAGCCGGUUCCAUCAGAAACGAAGCCGGUUCCAUCAGAAAUGA